UAGGAGGUUAAGGACAUUGGCACCACGGGACUCCGGAGCCAAGAGGUGACCGGGCGGUCUGGGCUGGGCUGAGUGGCUGGGCCAAACACGUGACGUUCCCAGCCUGCCUCCUGGGCCUCUGGGCGCCUGAGACUGAAAUCGACAUUUGCCUCUGGCAGGAAAAUGAACUUGUUGGUUUCCGCCCGCAUCAGACCCUCAACCCAAAGAAGUGGGGGGUCGCGGUAGCAUUUUAACGCGCUAUCUCAGGAAUCUGACAGCGAAAGGCCGGGAACGCUGAACACAUCAAGCAAAACUCCCUGAAGGGAGGUCAGAGCGAGGUUUCCGGCCACUAGCUGCUCACCUUCUGAGAAGCCCAGGGUCUUUCCCCUCCACCGCCCUCCCGUCUCUCUCCCAAGGCGUCACGUGGGAGCGUGGAGCCCGCCUCCCGGUGACGUCACAGCGCUCGCAGCCAUCGCGCCGAAGAAAGGAUGCUCUAGGAUGCUGUCCAGGUGGGCGGCCGAGCUGCGCGAUGCGGCACUGCAGGUGUAAGUAGCAUGGUCAAUGCAGGAGUGAUGAGCAGCUCUGGAAACCUGAUGGAUUUCCUUGACGAACCAUUUCCUGAUGUGGGGACUUACGAGGAUUUCCACACCAUUGACUGGCUGAGGGAAAAGUCACGGGACACUGACAGACACAGAAAGAUAACCAGCAAAAGCAAGGAGUCCAUCUGGGAGUUCAUCAAGAGUCUGCUGGAUGCCUGGUCAGGAUGGGUGGUGAUGCUGCUUAUCGGGCUGCUGGCGGGCACCUUGGCUGGUGUCAUCGAUCUUGCUGUCGACUGGAUGACUGAUCUGAAGGAGGGCGUCUGCCUGUCUGCCUUCUGGUACAGCCACGAGCAGUGCUGUUGGACGUCCAAUGAGACCACUUUUGAGGAUAGGGACAAGUGUCCUCUGUGGCAGAAGUGGUCAGAACUGCUGGUCAGUCAGUCAGAGGGUGCCAGUGCUUACAUUCUGAAUUACUUAAUGUACAUCCUAUGGGCGUUACUGUUUGCAUUUCUGGCCGUCUCUCUGGUGCGGGUAUUUGCACCAUAUGCCUGUGGCUCUGGUAUACCGGAGAUAAAGACCAUUUUGAGCGGCUUUAUCAUCAGGGGCUACUUGGGAAAGUGGACCCUGCUAAUCAAGACGGUCACCCUGGUGCUGGUUGUGUCCUCUGGCCUGAGCCUUGGAAAAGAAGGGCCUCUGGUGCACGUGGCUUGUUGCUGUGGCAACUUCUUCAGCAGCCUUUUCUCCAAGUAUAGCAAGAAUGAGGGCAAGAGGCGUGAGGUGCUUUCAGCUGCAGCUGCUGCUGGGGUCUCCGUGGCAUUUGGUGCUCCCAUCGGGGGUGUGCUCUUCAGUCUAGAGGAGGUCAGUUACUACUUUCCCUUGAAGACCUUGUGGAGGUCAUUUUUUGCAGCCCUGGUGGCAGCCUUCACACUGCGAUCCAUCAAUCCUUUUGGGAAUAGCCGUCUGGUUCUCUUUUAUGUGGAAUAUCACACGCCCUGGUACAUGGCUGAACUCUUCCCUUUCAUCCUGCUUGGAGUCUUUGGGGGUUUGUGGGGAACCCUCUUCACUCGAUGCAACAUCGCCUGGUGCAGGAGGCGCAAAACCACCAGGCUGGGAAAGUACCCGGUGUUGGAGGUCAUUGUGGUGACAGCCAUCACUGCCAUCAUCGCCUACCCCAACCCUUACACACGCCAGAGCACCAGCGAACUCAUUUCUGAGCUGUUCAAUGACUGUGGGGCCCUUGAGUCUUCCCAGCUCUGUGACUACAUCAACGACCCCAAUAUGACCCGGCCUGUGGAUGACAUUCCAGACCGGCCGGCUGGGGUCGGGGUUUACACUGCCAUGUGGCAGCUGGCCCUGGCCCUGAUCUUCAAAAUUGUCAUUACCAUAUUUACCUUUGGCAUGAAGAUUCCUUCAGGGCUUUUCAUCCCCAGCAUGGCUGUGGGAGCCAUGGCGGGCAGGAUGGUGGGGAUUGGUGUGGAGCAGCUGGCUUACCACCACCACGACUGGAUCAUCUUCAGGAACUGGUGCAGACCUGGGGCAGACUGCGUUACCCCAGGACUUUAUGCAAUGGUGGGAGCCGCAGCCUGCCUAGGUGGAGUGACCAGGAUGACGGUAUCACUGGUGGUCAUCAUGUUUGAAUUAACGGGUGGUCUGGAGUACAUUGUGCCCUUGAUGGCGGCGGCUGUCACCAGCAAGUGGGUGGCUGAUGCCUUUGGGAAAGAGGGCAUCUACGAGGCUCACAUUCACCUGAAUGGGUACCCGUUUCUCGAUGUGAAGGACGAGUUCACCCAUCGCACGCUGGCCACGGAUGUGAUGCGGCCCAGGCGGGGAGAGCCUCCGCUGUCCGUGCUCACCCAGGACAGCAUGACCGUGGAGGAUGUGGAGACGCUCAUCAAGGAGACAGACUACAAUGGCUUCCCUGUGGUGGUCUCCAGAGACUCUGAGCGCCUCAUUGGGUUCGCUCAGAGGAGGGAGCUUAUCCUUGCAAUAAAGAAUGCCAGACAGAGGCAGGAGGGCAUUGUGAGCAAUUCCAUCAUGUACUUUACUGAGGAGCCUCCUGAACUACCAGCCAACAGCCCGCACCCCUUGAAGCUGAGGCGCAUCCUGAACCUUAGCCCUUUCACGGUCACGGACCAUACCCCCAUGGAGACAGUGGUGGACAUCUUCCGGAAGCUGGGGCUCCGCCAGUGCCUGGUGACUCGGAGUGGGAGACUUCUUGGCAUCAUCACCAAAAAGGAUGUUCUGAGACACAUGGCCCAGAUGGCAAACCAGGACCCUGAAUCCAUCAUGUUUAAUUAGCAACAAAGUGGCGAUUAUUUGAGAAAAACAUUGACUAUAUCAUUUUAAAAGAAAUAAACAAAUGAUACAUUAUUGUACCAGUGAGAGAUCAUGCACUGGCAGCAGCAGAAACAAAUGCUUAGUUUGAAAGGAAGAGAAGGAUGAAACUUUUCCUUUUUUUUUUCUUUUUUAAAGCAAAACCAUCAAUGAUAGACAUUUUAUAGCUUUAACCCCUUAUGAGUUUCAAGAUGUGUGUCUUAAUGAGUUUGCUAACUGCUGUGGGGGCAUGUGGGUAGGUGUAAAUGAUGUGGUUUAUAUGAUAGCAUAGAACAUAAGUGCUGAAUGGAGAAGCUGUGGCCCCAUCUGCUCAAGGCUGAUGUUUGUAACUUCCGAACACAUGUGAAGCUUUGAGUCCAAAGGACAAAGUGGUACUGGCAUGGCAAUGUCCUUAUUUAUUGAUUCUUGAAAUUUUGCUGCUAUGUUACUGAAUCAUACUAAAGGCAGUUGCACUUACUUUGCUGGAAAAGAAAAAUUAAAGGCGAACAGAGUGAACACUGCAAGCCUGCCGCCGUGAGUCUGCUCAUGACUGUCGCAUUUCUUGCUCCUGUUCUGAGCCCAUUGCCCAUUCUUUUUGCUGUUUAUCAGUUUUUGAGCCAACAUCAUGGCUGCACACCAUGAUGACCUUGAAGAAACCAUUUUACUAUGUCAGACCAGCACCUUGGGACUGACCGACACUUGAGGCCUGGACGAUGAACUACUGAAGCAUGUUGUGCUGCACGUUGUCUCCUCUCAUGUGAGAGGAUGCAUCCUUGUUUUGAGGACACACACCUGAGUAUUGAUUUACAUCCUCAUUGUAUUUGCUUCACUUACUUAUCACCGUUGCCUGUGCACUCUUAAUAAUUGAUCAGGCUGGCACUUUCCUUGGGUUGUGGCCUGUAUGCGCUCUGCUUGCCACAAGCAUGUUUUAAUUUCCAAGUAGCAUAUGCAAGAGUCAAAACUGGCUCCCCAGUGUUUCUACUUAUUUUUCCACUCAGGUUUUUUCAGAUAUGGCUGUGAAGAGGAUGAGGUGUAUGAGUUCUCAGUGGGAACUCCUCCAAAUGGAUUGGAAGAGAAAUACUAAAUUGAUUCUAAAUCUGUUCCAUUCUCUUCUCUGUAGGAUGCAAAAUGUCCAGUUUUAAUGUGUAAGUGUGCACUUUCAUACUAGCAAUCACAGCACAGAAGGACAGAGUUCAAUUUCAUACAGCCAAUUUAAGCAUUGGGCAUUUGUAUUUGACAUAAUGAUGCAUUUACUCUUUUCAUCAGGACUUCUGUCUUCUGCAGGAAGGAACUAAGCUAUGUUUUAGGCUCAUUCUAUCAUUAGUACGAUUUAUCCCACUUGACUCUUCACUUUAGUCUUUAAUCCUCCCUUUCCCAGAAUCAUCCCCAUCCCUUUCAAUCUCAUUUCCAUUGAAUAUUGAUUUUUCAAGUUUGUGUGCACCUGACUACAAAUAACAGAAUCCCCAAAAAGUAGUGAAGGGCUGAAUAAGAAAUCUAGGAGAGAAGAACGCAGGACUGCCUCCAUGAUAUCAACAGGGAUCAAAACUCUUAGGCAUUUCUUUUCUACCAUCCUCAUUCUCUGUCUUUGGCUUAUUACCUCAUAGUUGCAAGGUGGUUGCUGAAUCUCCAGGUAUCGUGUCUGCUUUCCAAGUGGGAAAAAGAAGAAAGAGGCAAUCAAUAAAGUGCAAUGUCUGUAUCAUGAAAGCAGACCUUUCCCCAAUGUGUUUGGCUACACCUAUUGGUUAGAAUUCUGUCACAUGGCUCUCUAUACCUAUGUUCGAGUCUAGGAGGAAAAUGUUUUAGCUAGGCAUAUUACUCUCUGAGUGAAGUUUAGAUUCUCCUCAUAAGGAAGAGGAAUUGGACCUGGGGAGGAAAAUCUAUCUGUCACAUUAAAUUCCACCACUGGGCUCUGCCAUUGCCCUCUGUAUCUUCCUUACUCUCUCAUUCUUAACAAACUUUCCCAACAUUCUUCUGACCAUUUUGUUUCCUAUCUUUUCUCCCAGAUAUGACAUCGAACACCUAGUCAGAAUCCAUCAUUUCUUAGCACUAAUAAGAGCUUUCAUUUUGAUAGAAACUCCGGUACAAAUAGAUUUCUAGUAAAAAUCCUAGUUGUAAAAUGAUACUCAUUCUCUGGAUUAAAAUGUUCAAGUCAGGUCAUGCUGUCAAUUAUGGAAAAUUUGUUUCCAUUGUCAAUUACUCCCACCCAGAUUAACAUCAGAUAGCUACAUCAUCAGGUAAAUAUCCAGUUAACAGAGAAUUUCAACUGUGGUCUUAGAAGGAAAUUCAUUGUCUCAUUCACAGCACAUAAAUACUAAGCAGUAGAUCUUAAUGUUAGUGUAAUUAUUGGAGUUUCUAUAGAACAUGUGCAGUUGAGGCAGUAUUCUCCUGGACGUUAAAUGUGAAAGUUUUAAAGUUUACCUCAUGUAGUUUCCCUCUUUCCCACGUGGCUUGCCUCAGAGCUGACCAGUAAUAGAAAAGAGAGUAUUUGUCAUAGCCUUGCCUCGUAUACUCUGGGAAGCCCUCUUAGCUAAAAUAGGCAGUUUCACAAAGACCAGAAAACAGUGGAUAGGUAGUCAAGGGUCAGUGACAUUACAGAAUUUUCUUCUAACCUAGUGAGGCCACAAAGGGGGGCUGAGGGAAUGGUUUUCUCUAGGCUGAGGCCACUAAAGGCAAAAUUGAGAGUUGUGCCGUUGUCCCAGGGCUCAGCACAGAGACGUUCAGGAAUGUAUGGGAAGCCAUUGCAAGAAUGACUUCGGAAACAAACCGGUCUUCUUUUCUUUGCAAAUUGAUCCUCUAGUCUGGUGUGGGGUUCAGGAUCUUCAUAGCAAGAGAGGGUCAGACAGGCAAGUGAAGGUCAAGGAUGGAGAGGUCUACAGUUGGGACUGCUACAGUUUAUGGCCUUCUUCCCAGGGAGUUCACCUCAGGCAUGUGGUUCACCCACUGGCUAAGUUCUCAUCCCAGCUCUAAAGGGACACUGCCCAGCUCUUGGUCACACUUUUUUGUACAAGUAGCCGGGGAGGGGGGGCGGGAUUUCUGAGGGUAUUUGGCAUAUCCAGGUGCAGAAUUUAAUCCACCUGGUGGGGGUAAAAUAAAUGUCUUUCUCGAUACUGUCUGUUCCCUUUCCAGAAAUUUGCAGGAAGUUCUACUUUUGCUGGAUCCAUGUUUAAUGCACAAAGCCAUGGCACGCAGUGGGAAAGGAGUUCUCAGUAAGACACAUCACUUGUGUGUUGUUUUCCGUCUCUGUAACUGAGGAAAUAGGCUGCAGAACACCAAAUAAAGGCGAUCCUGAAAGUGAUAGGUGAAUGUUUUCCAAGUGUUUUUCAGUGCAUCCCUUGGGACUGCAGAUGUUCCUGUGGCUGUUAGGGAAAGGUCAAUGUGUUCAAAGUGAGUCAUUCAAUAUUGAGCACUGGGUGUUGCUUAGAAGCAGGCAGUCUCAAGGUUCUCUGCUCAGUACUUCCCCAAGGCCUCAUGAAGGAGAGGACCUGUAAACAGAUACACUCUUGAUCCUAAUAAGUCACAGAAACUGAAGAUGUUGGAGGUGUUUGUUUCAUUUAGGUGAGAUCUGAUUACUUUAAAUUAUCAACACGUGCAAAGUCUACUCAGUAUUCAUUAUCAGGUGGUGAGCUGGAAAAGAUGUGAAACCCAAGGAGGAAAACUAUUGAAUUCCCAUUUAAUUGUAAUUUUAUGCGUUCAUUUUAAUUUUGUGUAGGCAGUAUUUUAUCAGACUCAGCUUCUAGCUUUUGAAAUGAUUUACAUGAGAAGGGAGCCUGUAUGUCUACCUUGGGAAACAUUAACCAGAUCCCAUUUUACACAGGUUUGGUAAUAACUACUUGCUCUUCUAGGUGUGCUGGGAAUGACCCUAUGUGAGACUUUUAUGAGAUAUAUUUGCAUUUGGUGUUGGAACAACCUCAUAGCAACUUCUGGGUUUUUUAUUGUAACACUCUCUGUAAACAUUGGUACCUUAUUAAGAAUUAAAUGUUUGAACCCCACUUUUAAAAAUAAAACAAGCACAGAGUCUUAACAAGCA